GGACACGUUCACAGUGCAUUACUGGUACUGGCUUACCUUCUCCACGACCUAAAAACACGCUGAACGCCUCGUGGUUUAGGGCCUUGAAAAGAAAGCUACCCAUUUCGCUAGGAGCUGCCUUGUGAAGACCUUGAAUCAAUCAAAACAAGCACACGUAAAAUAGUUAGACGAUGCAGCCUGGAAUAUACAAGCUCGUUAAUUGCAUAGGCGGCUCUGCGAUGGACUUGUCGGGUGGUGAUUAUAGAUCAAUCAUAGGCUUCCCUGCUCACGAUGGAGACAAUCAAAAGGUGGGUUUCCCUACGUUGUCCCUAGGUUUUGAACCUCUGCCAUAUUUGUCCUAAAUCCGACCAUGCGGUGGUUAUCAUGUAGUGGGAGUUCACACCGUUUGGUGCAGGAUACGCUAUCAAAAGCAUGUCCACCGGCCUUUACCUCACUGUUCAGAGCAUUGACUGCAAUGCCCCACUU